GACAUUAGGACGGAGAACAGAACAUGUACUUCGUAUGUCCACAACGGAGAUGUCUGCCUCUUUCUGUGUGUCUCGAGUCUUUAUAUAUAUCCAGAGGAUGAUCACUGUCUGUUUUUGAGGGUAAACGGUGUGAGUAAUGGAUAUGCAAUGCUGCCUUGGAGUUUUGUGGGAAGGGAAGAUAUCAGGAAUAGUACGCAUAUAUGCCGCGAUGUAUAUCGGUACUCAGGCCCUAACUCCGAGGAAAUCAUCUUGAGUGAGUUAUUCAGGGAUUCUUGCGAAAUAGACGGCGUGUCCAUGGCCAGUUGUUCCUCGUUCGCCAGGUCAGUCUCAAGCCAAUCAAGAUUCGACUGUCACGAUCCAGUGAGUACUCCGGAGUACGGACGGGAGUGCGCUGUCUUCAUUGUUCCACCUGCACCGAGGACAUACGCCCAUUAUCGCCAAUCAUCUGCUUCGCGGACUUGUUGCUCAUCAUAUCAAACAGGACUGCCAAGGUAG